UAGAAACAGAGGAACGAGUUAGACCUUGUUUGAACUUUGCACGAUGAAACACGGUGACUGUGCCAAUUUUAUAACACGCCUCUUAAAGUUUAAGUUGCUUUCGAUUUGCACAAGAAGUACAUCCUAAGCUGUAAGGCUUUUCAGCUCACCGAUACGCCCGGCCGAUACGAUACUCGAUAUCCAGUGCAACUUCGGUCGCUAAAUUGCCAAACAUAACAGAAUAUAUCGACGUUACAGUUGCGUUACGCAAGAUUUGCAUGAAGUGACGAACAGCGACCGCGUCGAUCAGGAGACAUGGAGCCGGAAAUUUGUUGCUAAAGGAUUCCCAAAGAUUCGGUACUGGGCAUAAUAACUCCGUGAAGCAAUAAGGAGUUAUAUUUUACAAGAUUAUUUUUCUUCCCCGGCUCGUCGCCUGCGAUGUAAUAACUCACCAGGAAAAACAGGAGAGCGAAGUUCCUUCAGAAGAUAAUUACUCAUGGAUGAAGAAGGAGACACAGGCCUAACUGUAAAGCCUGUUCAGGUUGUUACAUGCAUCAGAAAUGUUUCUCCUCAUCAGGAUGGCUGUUGGUCUUGGUUGGUGUGUUUUGCUGCUGUUGUCUCAAACGUCGUAAUUUGUGGAUUUACCUUUAGUUAUGGAAUUCUAUUUCCUGCCAUUUUGGACGAGUUUCAACAAGGGAAAGCUAGAUCAGCUUGGGUUGGAUCCAUCGCCAUGAUGGGUAUAGGCAUUUACGGUCCACUGAUCGCUAGGCUCUAUCGUCGUUUUGGUGCUCGAGCUAUCUCAUUUGUUGGAACCAUAAUCUGUGCAGUUAGUCUGGCUGUCACAUCCAAAGUAACAAACCUCUACUUGAUGUAUUUAACAUACGGGUUAUUGUUCGGUUUUGGCUCCGGCGGCAUCUACCUGGUGACUUACAUAGUAGUACCGAGAUACUUCAAGAAAUGGCGCUCUCUUAGUCUGGGUCUCAUAGCCAUGGGGCCCGGUGGAGGGAUGUUUAUCAUGAGCCCAGUUGUGCAUGAGCUGUUCGUAAGAUUUGGUUGGAGAGGAACAUUUUUGGCUAUGGCUGGUAUUGUCUCCGUUACUUGUAUUUCAGCUUUUGUUUAUAAGCCAAUUGAGCCGGACUCUGAUGUGAAAGAGGAGAAUAGUGAUUCAGCAAAGAGUGAUAAAUUCUGGGAUGUUAAGAUCCUCCAGCAAAAAGUGUUUGUUCUCGUAACAAUAGCUGGGUUUGUGUACUACCUUGGCCACUAUACUCCAACUCUUCAUAUGGUUCGUUUUUUGGAAGGCAGAGGAGUCCAAGAGAGUAGAGCUGCGCGUUUGUAUAUCUACAGUGGUCUAACUUCCUUGCUAAUCCGGCCGAUGAUUGGUCGACUGAACGACGUCACUUGGAUCAAUAUGUUCUAUAUCUAUUCAAUAGCCACAGGUGUUGAAUGUGUGGUUACUUUCUUGCUACCCUUCGCAAUCACAAACUUGAGCCUCGUGUUAUACUUUGUGGUAUUUGGUUUGGCUGAUGGUGCAAUGGGUUGUGGUUUGCCCAUUGCUGUGAUUAACAGUCUUCCAGAGAAAAUGCGACCGUUGGGGAUCGGGGCGUAUAACUGCCUCAGUUGUUUUGCUUCAGCUUGUGGUCCGGCUCUUGGAGGUCUUGUCGCAGAUAUAGAAAGAUCGUAUGUCCCUAUGUUCAACAUGGUUGGUGCUUUGAUAACCGCUGGUACUGCGAUGCUGAUUGCAGUUUCUUGCAUGAAGAAAUCUGAGUCGCUGAGCCCUAUUUCAGGAAGAGAAAUUGCGUAGUGGGAGUUGGAAGCUCUCGUUGUUGUAGAGAAGUGCUCUGUUGUUUGAAUGUCGUUUUCCUUGUUUUUCAUUUUACCGACUGCGGAAACAAAGUGCGAACAAAGUAAAACAAUAAUUUGAUAAAUAAAUGAAUAAUUUAUCAAUCACCUUUUAAUUUUGUCAAGACUUGAACAUGCUCCUUCGUAAGAGGAUGUUUGACCUUAUCUUACAAAUCUAACGCUGUCCUGGUUAAACCAAAUCGCAUUAUAGACACUCAAUUGUUUUGGGGUUGUUUAGUUUACGUACUUGUUAAGUUUUGUAAAGGUUGUUUCGUUUAAACUAAAAAUAAGUUGUUUCACAUCAAUACGCACAUUUUGGUCAUAAGCCUGUUGACACAAUAAUAACUAGUAUUGAAAUGCCAUAGGAUUUCAGAGGGGUAGAGGGAUGUCGUAUAAAAACAUACAAAAGUGCCACGGGUUAUUGACGUGAAUCUGCAGGGUAACAUGCAUUGACAUGUACAGGUGAUACUGGUUGUCUUCGAAAAUCGAAGAUCUUGGAAAGGACGCUUCUGAAUGAACAAUCGCCAUUUUUCUGCGUUUCCCGUAUAUUCGAUCGACUCUACCGACUGAUCAGUAGAUUUUUGAGGGUCUCAACCCUUUAGCUGUUGGAUCUUUUAAGUAAUUCACCUCACUGUCAGCCAUACAUUUCUUAUGAUGUUAGUUUGGAGAAUUUGGUAUUAGAUCAACUAAUAACUCCUUGAUAGAUAUUUUUCUUUCCUCUCACCAUUUGAAUUCAUGAUAUUGUGAGGAGAAAUAAUUUCUUGCUCACUCAUGGAAACAAAAGGAUUAAUGGGGCGAUGACUUUUACGGUUAACAGCUAAAAUUUUGGCCAUUUUAUGGCUAACAGUUAGUUUAUUUACACGGAAGUUAACAGGAAAAAAAGUAUGGUUAACUUUUUUUACUAGUAACGGUUACAAUUUGUCAAUUUUUUACGCCUUACCACUAUUUUUUUUGCUGUUUCACGGCUAACGGUUUCACUCUUUGAAAACUUUAGUUAAGGGCAGGUUUUCAAAAUCGUCUUUGCUCCCCUCCAGCAUCAAACGGUUAUGUUGAACCUGCGAAAAACUUGAACAAUCCUUGUCUGCUUUAAAGCUCAUGGGCGCUUAAUUUUUGGGAUGUGCAGUGCACUUUAAUAGACAUUCCCAAAGAAAUUAUCUAAGCUCUUCCUUCAAGAAAAAAAGGAUACAAAAACCAGCCCUAUGCGUGCCGGUAUGAAGACGCGGUUUUUCUGAAGUGGUGCAUGCGGUCGAAUUCAAGCUAUAUUUUUUAAGGAUAAAUUUUCUUGGCUUGAACUUUCGUUAUUUUUAAGCUAGCACAGUUCUCUUACAAAUGAAAUAAUCGCCUGCCUUUUUCUGCGAAAAUAUACAAGGAGGGAAACUCUGAGCUUCGAGAGACAGCUUAUGUGUUGACCAUCCCUCAAAUAUUUCUAAUCAAGGCUAAUCGUUUUAUUGGAAACAUUCUCUCAAAAUAUCCACUCGUUAAAAUAAUUAUGUUUUCCAAAAUGUUUUUUCUUUUUCCUGAUUCAAUUUAACAAAUGCACUCGGUAUGAUACGGACCGAGCAAAAACCACCGAAAAUUGAUUCUAGCCGGGAUAUCCUCCAUUGUGGGAUCCGUCACGUUGCGAUUUUGGACCAGUGACGCUCGCAAAAAUAUAUUUUGACUGAUGACC